AUGGUUCUUAAAUAUUUUCCAGUCAUCUCUAUCUCAUUUUCCUCUCCUACAGAAGAGGCAACAACUUCUGUAGGAGAAAGUGGAACAACCAGAGUUGGAAUAAUCCCAGGUUCUACAGAGGGUAUCUCUGACAAAACUCUGGAACCUGGAAGUGCCAACACAGAGGCCACAACUAUCCCAGGAGGCAGUGGGAAUACUCGAGCAGGACUGCCAGGAGCCACCACUGGGGUAGCCCCUGGCACAACUGUUGGCCCUGGCAGUUCCAACACAGGUUCUACAGAGGGUAUCUCUGACAAAACUCUGGAACCUGGAAGUGCCAACACAGAGGCCACAACUAUCCCAGGAGGCAGUGGGAACACUCGAGCAGGACUGCCAGGAGGUACUACUGGAGAAUUUUCUGGAACAACCAUCAUAGCUGGAAGUUCUAGCACAAAAGCCACAACUUCCACAGAGGAGACUAGCACUACUGGAACUGGAUUCAAAAGUGCAGGCACCACUGCAGGACCAGGGAACCAAGCAGGCACUUCCAGGGUAGCCCCUGGCACAACAGUUGCCCCUGGAAGUUUCAGCACAGCAGCCACAACUUCCCCUGGAGAAAGUGGAGUGAUGGAAGUUGAAACCACUUCAGGCACUGCUGGAGUACCCUCUGGUACAAUAGUUGCCCCUGGGAGCUCCAGCUCAGAGGCCACAAGUUUCUCAGGAACCACUGAGGCAGUAACAGUCUUAGGUAAAAAUGGGAUGUCUACCACUACACUAGAGAGCCAAGUCUCUGGCAGUCAAACUGUAAUUCCAGGCACCAAUGGAGUAGUCUCUGGCACAACUGUUGCACCUGGAAGUUCCACCCCAAGAACCACCUCUGGAGCAUCAGACAGUCAAAUCACUGGAAAUAAAACAGGCACCACUGCUGUGGCCUUGAGCACAACUGUUGCACCCAGAAGUUCCAGUUCAGAAGCCACAACUUCCACUGGAGUCCAUGGAACCACUAUAGUAGGAUUGAAAACAGGAGCUACCACAAGAGGGGCAGUAAAACAAGGAGCUGGAAGCACAAUUGAAGCUACAACAUCCAUUGGAGGUGGUGGAACCACAGGAAGUGGAAUCAAUACAGGUACUACUGGAGUGGUCCCUGGCAGCACCGUCUCACCUGGAAGUUCCAACACAGCUACCACUGGCACAUCCAAGAGGUCAAGCCCUGGAAGUGAAACAGGCACCACUGGUGUAGUGUCUGGCACGACAGUUGCCUCUGGAAGUUCCAACACAGAGGCCACAACUUCUUUGGGAGGUAGUGGAACUACCAAGGCUGGAAUUAAAACAGUUACCCCUGGGAUAACUGCUGGCACAACCAUUGCACCUGGGAAUUCCAACACAAAGGCUACAACUUCUACAGAGAUUCAAACUACUACCACUGAGGUUGGAACGGCAACUGGUACUACAUUGGGAUCAGCUGGAGUUUCCAGGGGCCCGGAAAAUUCCAGUCCUGGAAUCCCCACUGAAGCACCAGGGAGCCAAGUCACAAGAAGUAAAACAGGAACUACAACUUCAGUGCUAAGCAACACCACCACUGGGAGUAAAAUACAAACAGGCACUACUAUUGUAUCAGGUAAAGUCACCAGUAACCAAGAAGUUUCCAACCCAGGAGUCACCAGCAUAAUUCCAGGGAGCCAACCGACUGGAAAUCAAGCAGGUUCCACUGGGACAGGCUCUGGAACUACAGCUUCACCUGGAGGUUUCAGAACAGGCAACACCACACGAUCAAUGGGAGUCACCAGCAGCCAAGAAGGCACCAACGGCACAGCCUCUGGCACAACAGCUAUUUCUGGAGGUUCCAACACAGGUACCACCAAUGAAGCAUCUGAAACAACCAUUGCUCCUGGAAUUUCUACCACAGUUAAGGCUUCUACAGGAGUCAAAGAAACCUCUAGAACUGGAGUGCAAACAGGUUCCACUGCAGUUUCAGCAGGAGUCACAACAAGCCCACACGUAUCCCAGCCAGAAACCACUGUAGUGGCAACAGGGGAUCGAGAAACUGAAAAUAAUACAGAAUGUCUAGCAUCACUUCCACCUGCUCCAGUUUGUCAUGGUCCACUGGGAGAAGAGAAAACUCCUGGAGACACAUGGACUAGCAAUUGCCACCAAUGUACCUGUACUGCUGCAAAGACUGUAGACUGCAAACCUAAGGAGUGCCCUUCUCCACCCACAUGCAAAACUGGAGAGAAACUUGUAAAGUUCAAAUCUAAUGAUACCUGCUGUGAAAUCGGAUACUGUGAACCAAGAACAUGUUCAUUUAACAAUACUGACUAUGGGAUUGGUGCUUCAUUUGAGGACCCCAGCAACCCGUGUGUCUCCUACUCCUGCAAUCACACUGGCCUCGUGGCAGUGGUCCAGAACUGCCCAAAGCAGACCUGGUGUGCAGAAGUAAACAGAAUCUAUGAUUCAGGAAAGUGUUGCUAUACAUGUAAGAGUGACUGUAAAUCUUCACCUAUAAAUGUGACUGUUCACUACAAUGGUUGCAACAAAAGAGUUAAGAUGGCAAGAUGCUUAGGGGAAUGCAAAAAGACUGUCAAGUACAAUUAUGAUACCUUUCAGUUGGAAAAUUCAUGCCUUUGCUGCCGAGAAGAAAACUAUGAGUUGAGAGACAUUAUUCUGGACUGCCCUGAUGGCAGUACAAUAACUUACAGAUAUAGGCACACCACGACCUGUUCUUGUUUAGACAUGUGCCAGCAAUCUACAACCUCAAUGUACAGUUAAUGGUAACAUUACCUUCCCAGUUGCAACAGGCCAGGUAUUUAUUUUGUAAAUUAACAAAAACAGUCAUUAAAUAGUGAGAAUAACUAAACAUUUGUAUCUCACUCAAAAAAAAAAAAUGA